GGCGGGGAUCGGGUGUGGCCGUGGCGUGUCAGCCACGGGCAUGUUCUGUGGCCCCGCGCGAGGGCUCUGAAGAGUUCGCGGAGGUGCCGCAGCAGUCCGGGCUGUGUUGGUAACACAUGUGAAAGGGCUGUCCCGGGAGGUGGUGGAGUCGCCGUCUCGAGGCCUUUAAGGAAGGACUGGGUGAUCUCAGACCUUUUCCGACCUAACUGAUUCUGUGAUUCUGUCACCAUGCUGCCUGCAGGCUCCCUUCUCCGGAAGAGCCAGUGUCACAGGGUGUUUGGAGGAAGUGCUGUUGGAUUAUGGUGAAGCCGUCCUGGCAAUUCCAUGCUUUUCUAGGACUGUGUUGCAAGUGUCUGUGUUGAAAGGAAAUGGUUCUUCUGAGGAAAUAAACUUUGUGUGGGGAGAGGGUGGGUAUUUGCUUUCCUGGCUAAUGAGCUUGGAGAGGACUACGGGUGUGAUUGUCACUUCUCACUCAGCAGCACUGCUCGGGCCUGCUCACUUCCAGCAGCCAGUGGAGCAGGGAGAGCUUCCAAAGGUAACCUGCCAGCUCCAAAUCAUUACCCUGUGCUCAAAAUAAACCUUUCCAGUGUGACGUGAUGGUUUGGUUGCAAAAUGCAUUAGUGGCUCUCCUGGGGAGCCCGGCAGGUUUGCAUUCAUCAUCCCAGAGCAGAGCCCAGCCUGGUGCCCCCGGCUCCACAGAUCCGUGUUCAGUGGCACCCCUUGGAGCUGACUGGGAUCUCAGCUGUCACAUCCUGAUAGAGCAGCUCCUGCGCGGAUCCGUUCGCUCCUGCGAAGCUGCGGCUGUUCAAAGCCUGUCUCCCAGAGAGAUCUGAGCUCUGUAAAAGCUCUGCCCUGUUAAAGAUAAGCUCACGUGCUAAAUUCAGCCAGGAAUUGUCUUGGAGAUGCUGGUGGAGCAUGCGUGUGGUACAUGGAGCUCCUGCCGGCUGCACCGCUGGACUGAAGGUUUGCGGUUCUGCUUUAGUGUGUUACGAGGAGUCACAUCCUGCUGUCUCCUGGGGAGCUGGGGGAUGGCCCCUGGAAGCAAUGCUCCAGGACUUUAUGGAUUUACGAUAUAUUUUCCUUUUCCUUCUCAGCCUCUUCCAGUGGUUUGAUACUGCACCAAGCCGGACAUGCCCGCAGUGCAGAAACCAGGUCAGCAAAAGACACAUCAUCAGUAAGCUGUUUUUUGAUGUUACCCUGGAGGAGCAGGCAGUACCGGAUGCUGAGACCUUGCAGAAUGAACUGGACAAGGUGAAGGCCCAGCUCUCCUUGAAAGAGAAAGAAAAGCGGGAAUGCCAGGCUGUUGUGGACAGCCUGAGGGACACUCUGGAUGUGCGCAAUGCCACGAUAGAGUCGCUCCAGAAGAUGCUGGGAGAGACAGAGAUGCUGUGCUCCUCUCUCAAGAAGCAGAUGAAAUUCCUGGAGCAGCAGCAGGAGGACAACAGAAGUUCAAAGGAGGAGGCCUGUCGACUGCGAAACAAGCUGAGAACCAUGGAGCGGAUCGAGCUGUUGCUUCAGAGCCAGCGCUCAGAAGUGGAGGAGAUGGUCAGAGAGACGGGAGUUGGACAGGCAGCAGUGGAGCAGCUUGCAAUCUACUGUGUCUCCCUUAAAAAGGAAUAUGAGAACUUGAAGGAGGCUCGGAAGAUCUCUGGUGAGAUGACAGAGAAGCUGAAGAAGGAGCUGUUUUCUGUCAAUAGUAAGCUGCAGAAGACGACUUCAGAGUUGGAGAAGACAAAGGAGGAGUUAAAAAGCACACAGAAAGAUAUGAAGAAUGCAGACAAGGAGAUCUUGAGUUUGAAGAAGAAGAUAGACAUCCUGCAGGAUACUCUGAAGGUCCCAUCUGUAACCAGGGAAACACUCAGUCGGCUAGUCUUUGAAAGUCCUACUCCUGUGGAUCUGCAGCAUCCAAAGCUCCACCGCCCAGCCAACAGCAAUGAGAUCAAUCUAGAUGCUACUUACGAUGUGGACACCCCUGAGCACCAGCCCUGCACAGCUCCCUUCGGCCCUACAAAAAGGCAGAAGCUGGAUAAAAAGUCGCCUCCUGUGGUAAAUCUGGCGAAGAAAGUUCUGAAGGAAACUGUGGAGAACGGGGCAGAUGAUCUGGAGGAUGAUGCUCUUAAAGGACUCUUGCCAGCGUUCAUCAGGAACUCUGUUCUCUCCAAGAAGCCAUCUUUGAGUGGUUUGCUGGGUUCCCACAAGAACAUGGGCUCUGUGAGGACGGGCUACGAUGGCAUGGGAGGCAGAACAAAAUUCAUAGAGCCAACAAACCUGGCAGAAAUCCGUCCAUUAUCAGUUAGGAGCAAGAAGAAGGUCUCCAGACCAGCAUCUGCAGCUUCUUCUGCAUUUUCCUCCAGCAGCAGCCAGGCCAGAAUGGACACUUUCCUGCUGUGAGAGCCCCUGACUUCCUGGGAGAGACUUGGAAGAAGCUGCAGGGCAGAACACACUUGUCCAGAGCCUGGCACAAGGCAAUGUGCAGCCACCACUGCCUGGGGUACUGUUUGCAAAGCACUGAUGUUGCCCUGUGGAGAAUCCUGCCCUUGCAGUAAGCCUCUGGAGGCCAAGCCUCUGGCUAAUAGCUGGACAGUUACCCUCCUCAUAUUACCAUUCCUUCCUCCUUUUUUCAUGCAGAGUUAACAGGCAUUUGCCUUCUGGCCACCUCAGAGCUCUGCAGUUGCUGCUGCUUUGGGCUCUCUGGCACGUGGUGGCACUGCACUUCUUGGAUGCAGCCACAAGCAGGAGGCGCAGGAAGGGUGUCUGGGAUGUCAGUCUGGAGAGCAGGAGGGAGAAGGGACCUGGACAGCUCCAUGCCAGGUGUAAAUAGGUCCAAGAAAGUUUACUGGAGGAAGAAACGUGUUGAGCAACCUGUGUGGCUGUCAAGUGUCUGUAUAUUCAUCAUCAAAUUAAACACCUUCCCUCACCCACAGGCCUGUUGGGGCUGGGGAGAUCCACAGGUGGACUUAAGAGCUGUGUUGCCCUGCUCUGUCCAGAGUGGUCUUGCAGGCUGAACCUACUGACUUGGAAGGAAAGUAUUGGGGUGACCCCCUGCUCCACUUGGAGAGAUCAGUGUGCUGGCCUCUGUGCUUGGCACGUGUUGGUGUGAAACUUGUUUAUUAAUUUCUAUUUUUAAAUAAGAGUGUAGAGUAUUUUUAUUAUUUUGUAGCUCUUCUACCUUAUUAUUAGAGGGUUUGGAAUGGCCUGGAGAAGUGCUGAAGAAUGGCUCCCUUCAGGGGAGGGGGAGACUGGAGGGACUGAACCUGUCUGGGUUCUUCAGCUUGCAGCCUUGGAACAGGAGAUCCACACCUGAAGCAGGGCUGUCAGAGCUGCAAGGAACAGAUGUGGUGAGGCACCUAAUAAAGCACUCUACUGUACAAAUCUGACAUUUCCUAUUUCCAGCUGCUCCAGGCUCGAAUCUGUAGUACCUGGACUGGCUAAAAACAUGUUUUUAGGAAAUAAAAUACAUUACUGUGCAGACUUGUUAAUUUAA